GUAGUAAUUCGAAUUGACGUCACUUUGUAGUCAAUUUGACCUCGGAUGCCGGAGAAUCCAUUUGCUGCUGGUAGCUAAGCUGCUGAAAGUUGUGUAACAAGGAAAACAAAAAGGACACCGCUCCCGGGAGGACUCGUUCAUUAGAGCUAUAUAGAGGGUCUCUCCUCGUACAUCUACCCUCCAACGCCCAAAUUGUAAUUGUAUUUCGGCAAAAAUGUUUUCACUGUCAACGUCUUUUCAGCCACAACAGAUGAUAGUGCCCCUCAGCCAACUCAUCAAUGCCCUCCACUCUCUGAAGAACUCAGCCACAGCCUCAGUCCAGGCGCUUCACAAAGACUUCAUUCCAGAGCACAGUUCAUAUCUAAAAGAGCCCAGUGUAAGUCUGAGGGAGCUCGGCCUGUCUGACAUCAGGGUAAGUCAGCUGGAUGAGCUGGUCAGCAGGUUACUGCCUUUACCAGGACCAGUAGAACCUCCCACUGUUCCUUCGACAUGGAGGUCGAGUCAUGUUUCUUCUGACAGCUUCUUUCACAACAAGCAUGGGUUUUCACACAGAGGAUUGGGAGUUUUUGGCUCCCCAUUAUUCCACAGACAAUACCAUAGACCUCUAAAAGAAGUUUGCUCUGAUCUACAAUUCUUGCCAGUAUGGAUCCAGAGUCGGGGCUUCAAAACGUUGAGAACAAAGACCAGAAGAACAGAGUCUAGUUAUGACGGUCCGGUGGAGUCGGACUAUACACCAGCAUUCAUGAAGGGAUUGCUUCAGAGGGAAAAGGGACCUGAUGUACAAUCACUGGACCAACUGGCGAAACAAAAGAACCUUCCAGAUAACCAGCAGGAAGCUUUCAAGACAGGUUUCAGUGAGGGGUUCAUGAGGUCUCAGGCCUACACUCAGAGAACACAAGACUCACUGAGAAGAACCAGGUUGAUCCUGUUGGUCCUCCUACUUCUGGGUAUUUAUGGCUUGUCAAGAACCCCGUUUCUCUCGGGUAAAGGCUCCUUUUCUGAUGCUGUGAGAUUCCGCACCACAUCUGGUCUCGACUCAGCAGUCGACCCCAUCCAGAUGAAAAAUGUGACAUUUGAGCAUGUCAAAGGAGUGGAGGAGGCAAAGAAUGAGUUGCAAGAGGUUGUGGAGUUUCUCAGGAACCCCCAGAAGUUUACCGUUCUGGGUGGAAAGCUGCCUAAAGGGAUCCUCUUAGUUGGUCCACCAGGCACAGGAAAGACUCUGUUAGCCCGAGCUGUGGCUGGGGAGGCUGAUGUGCCGUUCUACUACGCCUCCGGGUCGGAGUUCGAUGAGAUGUUUGUGGGUGUCGGUGCUAGCAGGAUCAGGAACCUUUUCAAAGAGGCAAAAGCUAAUGCUCCCUGCGUCAUCUUCAUCGAUGAGUUGGACAGCGUUGGCGGAAAGAGGAUUGAGUCUCCAAUGCAUCCCUAUUCUAGACAAACCAUCAACCAGCUGCUGGCUGAAAUGGAUGGGUUUAAACCAAACGAGGGCGUCAUUGUUGUUGGUGCUACAAACUUUGCAGAGGCUUUGGAUAACGCUCUGGUAAGGCCCGGAAGGUUUGACAUGCAGGUGACGGUCCCUCACCCCGAUGUGAAAGGACGCACUGAAAUUCUCAACUGGUAUCUGUCCAAGAUCAAAGUGGACCCUGCGGUGGAAGCAGAGAUUAUUGCCCGGGGCACAGUGGGCUUCUCUGGGGCAGAGCUAGAGAACCUGGUCAACCAGGCCGCCCUGAAGGCAGCCGUGGACGAGAAAGAGAUGGUCACAAUGGGAGAUCUGGAGUUCGCUAAGGACAAGAUCCUCAUGGGCCCUGAGAGGAAGAGUGUUGUAAUCGACAAGAUGAACAAGACCAUCACAGCCUACCAUGAGUCUGGUCAUGCCAUUGUUGCCUAUUACACCAAAGAUGCAAUGCCCAUCAAUAAGGCCACUAUCAUGCCCAGAGGCCCAACUCUUGGCCAUGUGUCCAUGCUCCCAGAGAAUGACCGUUGGAGUGAGACGAGAGCCCAGCUGCUGGCUCAGAUGGAUGUCAGUAUGGGCGGGCGAGUAGCAGAGGAGCUCAUCUUUGGAGAUGACAACAUCACCACUGGAGCCUCCAGUGACUUCGAUGGAGCAACCAAAUUAGCAAAAAUGAUGGUGACCAGGUUCGGCAUGAGUGACAAGCUCGGUGUCAUGACCUACGGUGACGUGUCCAAGCAGAGCCCCGAGACACAAGCUGCCAUCGAACAGGAAGUCAGAGCUCUACUCAAGGACUCUUACGAACGUGCUAAAACAAUCCUGAAGACGUACAGCAACGAGCACAAGAAGCUAGCUGAUGCCCUGCUAACUCAUGAAACUCUGGAUGCCAAAGAGAUCCAGAUGGUGCUUGAGGGCAAAUCACUGGACCAGCAGAUACCUCAGUAGAUAUUUUAGACUCUUGUAUCAUGUAUAUAUAUAUAAAGCUGUGCAUUUGUGCACAGGCCUUUUGGAGGCCUUGUAUUUCAGUUGUUUGUAUCCCUCUUAUUAUCAAUGUGAAGAUGUCACUGAUGAUUAAGUUGCACCCCUUGGACAUUUUUAUUGUAUUUUCAUUUGUCCUGCAUUUCCUGUAGAGAAGACUUUUGGUUUCACAGUGAUUUUUAAAGCACACAGUGAUUUAAUUGGAUGAAAAACAUAUUUGUUCUCCACAAGUUUGACUCCUAAUCAAGGCUUUAUGACAGGCUUGUUGUCAGAGACUCAAGACAAAUGACGUCUGUAGUAGUUUUAUACAUCAGAGUCAUGUUUAGUAUCAGGUUAAACAGCAAAUAAAUAUGAUUAAGAGCAUGGUUAAUUAAGAUGAGAUGAAUGAUUUCAUGUGUGUGUAUGUCUCAUUUUAAAUUUGUACAGACUGGUGAACACCAUAGGACCUUAAAGUACCUCAAUCUAGAAUGUACCAUUUGGCUGUAGCAAGGUACAGGUGAUACCGCUAUUCAUAUUAGAGGUUUUUCUCUAAAUGGUGUAUUUCAGUUACAUCUAUUGUUUGUUCUUAUUUAUUUAAGUGCCCAAAGGUGUGUUCUCUUUUUCUGAUAUUAGUGAUAGUGGCCCUCAUGUACUAUAAUAAGCUCAUGUGUAGCUGAUAAAUGAGGGGAAAUGUAUAUAAACUGUAAGCGUGUAAAAGGAUUGCUUCAGGUUGUUCCUUUUAGACAAAGGCCUUCUUGGAGCUCAAAUAAAGGUUUACCCUUACUCAUGAA